CCUUUUCCAACACUUCGAGGGACGACAGCCAUAUUUCCUUUCUUUUGGAUUCUUGAAGUGAAAUAGCCAAGAUGGGUUUCGCAAAUCUUUGGUAUUCUCAUCCACGUAAAUACGGACAAGGCUCAAGAUGCUGCCGGUCAUGCUCUAACCGCCACGGUUUGAUCCGCAAAUAUGGUCUGAACAUCUGCCGUCAGUGCUUCAGAGAGUACGCCAAUGAUAUUGGCUUCAAGAAGCUCGAUUAAUUUGAGUUAAUUCUCAUCCGAUGACAGAUAUCCCCAUUGUUUGGGAUGUGUCAUCAAAAUUUACACAUAUUAAUGCAAGCAGUUUGGUGAUACAAAUAAGGCAAACUACGUGAAUUAAUAUGUGGGCAACAACAGCAACAGCAGCAACAACAACAUCAUCUGAAAGUUUUAAUAAGAGGCAAUGGAAUUGACAAAACAAAAUGUUUUUCAAGGAAAUGAGUGCGAGUACAAAUAACCAAAUAACUAGAUCGUGACUUACUAAAGUGAAAUCACUUAUUUGAGCUUUCCGAUGAAUAAAACAUAACAAGAUUUAAAU